AUGAUUGGAACAAUAACAGCAUCUGGUCAUGCUCUACCACCCUAUAACGUUCUCCAGAUUCCUAAACGAGCAAAAUGGGAACAUAUGCAAAAUUCAAAUUAUGGUGUCAUUAUUGCUAAUGAGUCAGGAUAUGUAACGCAAGAGAUAAAGAAAGAAUAUGUCGAAUGGCUUCUAGGACAAUUUAAGAAAACAGAUAAAAAGCUGCUUUUAGUGGACAAUCACAUAUCCAAUUAUUUCUUUGACGAACAAAAACUUUGUGAUGAGAAUAAUCUUAUCAUAAUGAAGUUCCCAUCAAACCUGACUCACAUUCUCCAGCCUUUGGAUUUAGUCCUAUUUUCGUCAUUCUCUCAACACCUAUCGAAUUUGCUCAGAGAUGGGUUAAUGGUCAAUCCAAAGUUUAAAGUGAACGAUAAACACUACCAAAUGUUGGCUUAUCAUUCUUGGUCAUCAUCAUUCAACUCAUCCAAUAUAAGAAUGUCUUGGAUUAAGUCUGGUUUGUUCAAUUGGAUGGCACACGAAUACUGCGACCCAAUAUUUCUUAAAAAGCCGAAAAAGUCUAUCUCAAAGGAAAUCGCUAUAGCCGGAAAAAAAGAGAUUGUUCCGGCAAAUGCUCAAGCCAUGACCCAAAAAGAACGGGCUAUAGUAAUGAGAGAUAAAAAGCGCAAGGGUGCCAUAAUAACUUCCCAAGAUACACAGGAUAUUAUCAAAAUAACCUAUGAUGUAUCUAAAAAGAAAAGAAAGACACUAGACGAAGAACCAACAAUUUCUUUGUAUCAAGCAAACCUUCAAAUCAAUAAUACCACCAACAACAUUUUGAAUAAUGUACAAUCUUCUACAUCACAACCUCAAAUUGUUUCCCAAAAUACCUCAACUACAACCAAUACCAAUGUAGCACAAUCGAAUGAUAAAACUUUGUACUAUCAAUCAGAGAUGGAGCCCUAUGUUCAGCCGAGCAAAAAUGAUUGGGAUCUACUUAAACAAAUAUUUUCAUUAGAAUAUGAAAUAGUAGACGACAAUUCUGAUCAAUCUAAAAUAAAAAAAUCUAUUGACCAAAUUGACAGUUUGAAAUUAACUAAUCUUUGUGACCAACUCAUCAACAGCCUUGCUUUGAAACAACAGAAACUAAGAGGCACAAGUAAACACCAACAAAAAGCAAACAAACAACAACAAUUGUCUACAAUAGUAGAACCAAUCUCCUCACAUGAUGACCCACUUCCCAAAAAUAAUACCACUAGUGGUACAUUAUAUAACAUCACUAUAUCCGAUAAUAGCAGAAGUCAGGAAGUUAUUCUUAGUUCAACUCAAUUAUCAACACAACAAAACAACAAUCCAAUUAAAAUCAGUAUCAAUUCAAUAUCUUUUGUAAAUAAUAAUGUAGAUAAGGUCAAUGAUCUUCAGACUAAGCUUGACCAGUCAGAGGCUAAUGUAAAUGAACUCCAGACUAAGCUCAACCAGUCAGAGACUAAGCUCAAUGAACUUCAGACUAAGCUUGACCAGUCAGAGGCUAAUGUAAAUGAGCUCCAGACUAAGCUUAACCUGGCCGAGGUUGAGAUCAAUCGACUAAAAUCAGUUAUUAUGGAGCUAGUUCAACGUCAUAUAGAGAAGAUAGAACAAUAUGAGCAAGCCCUAGAAGAAUACAAGAAGAAAUGUAGUUUAUUGGAGUCUGAACUUGUCAAUAACAAAAAGACUCUCGAGGAAUGCCUGAAAGAGUAUGAUCAGUUAAACGAGCUCAUCAAAACUGAAGAGCUUUAUCAUAACAGACACCAAUCAAAUAUGCAGAUGUUUGAUAACAUGGCAGACAAAGAAUCGUUUGAUGGUUUUAUACGAGAUAAGCUACUAUUUUGGAAAAUCAAACGAAUUAAAGUCUACAUGGCUCAUUCCUCUUGGAGUGAUCCGAGAAGAAACCGUCAAACAGAUAGCUAUUCAAAUAUUUCCAAGAAACUCCUCUUCACCACCAUGUCUAGGGAAAACAGCAAGUGGAAAUCUGGUAUAGAGCCCUCUGAUUUUACAAAGGAGCAAUUGCAAUAUAUCAAUGCAAAGAAUAAAGGACAUCGGUGGUCCGAUAUGAUGCUUGAUUUCGCACAUUCACUCAGGUUUUACGGAAAAGGAAAAGGUGUCAUCAACUACAUUCGAGGUGAAACCCAAGACCCCAAUGCCAUCAAUUUGAAACUUCCAGGUAUCUCUGUAUUAAACUACAAUGCUGCACCAACUUGCAUAUACUUGGAUGAGGAAGAUAUCAAAACCAACUAUUCUAUUUUAAGUAAUUCUUGUUCUGAUCCAAAGCAGAAGAUAGGUGGUCUGGUAUAUGACGAGAUGGAAAUCAGUCAUGGUCUAUAUUUUAAUGAAAGGAAAGAUCAAAUUUAUGGAUUAGCCAAACAUCCUAUCACUCGAGAGAAUUUCAGGGAUUAUAUUCAUCUUCCACAACAGAAUAUAUCAGGUUUACUUGCCAAAAAGGUAAUACAAUUCUUCUAUGUCUCUUUAGACGGUACCAUCAGCGUUCCAAUUGCCAGAUUUCCAACUACUUCAAUUACUGUCGAUCAAGCACAUCAAUGUAUUAGUAUGGUAAUGAAGAUUGCCAAAGAAUCCGAUUUCAAUAUUGCAUUCACCAGCAGUGAUGGAUGGGACAAAUACCUUUUGGAAGAUUCUCGAUUCAAUAAUUUAAUUGCUUUUGCCGAUAUUCACCCAAGUGACAUAAUGGAAUGGAAACCUGUCAAGAAUCUAAUGAAUGAUGCUCUUUUGGAGAAGCUCAAAUCGAUACCAGAAAAAGCUAAACUGUACAAGUUUCUCUAUUUCAUGCGAGUUAUAUACGAGAACUUUAAUAUCAAUGAGAUUAAAGUUGUAGGUCCUCAAGGUACUGCUAGAAUUAAAUCUAUUGAAGAAAAGGUCAGAGAUUUGAGCCAAGCACAUCAAUAUUUUGAAGCUACAGCUGGUCCUAUCACAGAUGCUUUCAAAACUCAUCUCAAAACAAGCAUCGAAUCGCUCCAGUCUCUUUUCAACAAGUUUCCAAAUCUUUUGAAAAUGACAUCAAUCCUGGGGACCAAUGUGGUGGAGAACUACUUCUCUAUUAUCAGAUCUUUUGUUCUUUACCCCAAUGUAAAAGAGUUUUGUCAAGUUGCCGAGAAAGCCUUUAUUGAGUUAAUGAAGAAGUUCUCUACCGACUCAAUAUAUAAGUACAAGGAUACGAAAGUUUCAAAAUGCUACAACAAUCAACAUGGCCUUCAGUUUAAUCAAAAAACAAUUGAAUUGUACCAAUCGCAACGCUGUAAACAACAACUAAAAGAGUUGCCAUUGGUCUCCACACUCCAGGAGGAUGAGAAGCUCAAGUUGAAACUUAUCGUUGGAAACAACAAGAUCACAAGAAGAAAGUUCACUCUACGAGAAUCAACAUGCAAGGUGGAUCCAACCCAGUCAGUAUUUAAGUCGGGACAUCGUCAAUGCAAAAUUAACAAUUGUAACAAGAUCUACCUUUAUGUCAAUGCGUUCACCAAUCAUCAAUUCAAUAAGCACCAGAUCAACCCACUCACACAACAAUUCACAGAUCAAUCAUGUAUCUCACCAUUUCUUUCAAAAUACAGUAUCCCAGAUCAAACCCCACCACUCUCUUUUCAAUAUGUCAAGCCAUUAGUAAAUGAUAAACUCAACUAUAUGCCAGGUCACACUAAGUUUUCACCAGACAUGGUUGAUAAGGCUCAGUCUUGGAGUGAUUUAGUCAAGGAUUUCGUCGAUAUCAUAGGUACUGGUGAAUCACAAGUAUUUAUUCUCUACCACGCAACAAGCAAUUUCGACCCAAAUACACUAUUUGGUAACAACAUGUUGCACAAUAUCACACUACCAGCCGAUCUUUUUUCCAGGACAUAUUUUGUCAACACCAUAGAGUUGAUUAAAGAUAUCGAAAAACACUCAAGAUACUCAGUGAAAGCCUUAACUACCGACCUCCAGCUGACCAACUUUGCUCCUCACUUUGCGAAUGGGGAUGUCUUGGCAUUGAUGGAGAUCCUGUUCAGAAUUACUAAAUCUACGCAUUCAAACUUUUUUGGUUCUUUGCUUGACGGUAUCAACAAAACAUUAAAAACAUCUUAUACCCAACUUCUACAACGAUAUCAAAAGAGCCCGACGCCAACCUCCCUAAAUAAUGGCAAUUCAGAUAGUCAAUCCACACCAACUAACACUCCAAACGUCACUGUCAUCUUACAUUCUGCUAAAAGUGGUUCUUAUAGUGUGCUGAGAAUCAUACGGGAUAGAGGAUAUGGUAUCCAUCAGUAUGCCAUACUAUUCACAUUGGUAUUCGCUCUCAGAUGGCUAAUCAUACGCCUUGUCAACGUAGAUAGAAGCCAUCAAAUCGUGGAAUGUGGCGAUGGAAAUUUAAUAGAUAAAUCAAGCAUGAAAGUAGACCGGUGGAAUAUUAAUCAAAAUUACAGACGAUCAAAUGAGCGGUACAACCCUCCUUCUCCAAUUUUAAAUGCCUCUUUUGUAGCUAUAAGCUACCUUUCAAACACUUUAAAUAAAACAUGUAUACCACAUUAG